ACUCACCAUUCAAACAUGGCUUCUUCCCCUUCUUGUUCUAAUUAUUGUUACAACGGUAACAAGAGUUUGUUAGCAUCGGUUAUCGUGUCAGUUAUUGUGGUAACAAUAACGAUAAGUAGUGGGGGCGUGGCAAUUGCGGAAGGAGGGAGGGUGCCGUUUGCAUGUGACCCGAAAAACGGUUUAACGAGGACGUUGAGAUUCUGUUGGACGCACGUGCCAAUCCACGUGAGGGUGCAGGACCUCAUAGGGAGGCUCACAUUGGCGGAGAAGAUAAGGCUGGUGGUUAAUAACGCCAUAGCGGUUCCAAGGCUUGGGAUUCAGGGCUAUGAGUGGUGGUCGGAGGCCUUGCACGGUGUUUCUAAUGUGGGCCCAGGGACAAAGUUCGGUGGGCCCUUCCCUGGUGCCACUAGCUUCCCUCAGGUCAUCACAACCGCUGCUUCUUUCAACCAAUCGCUAUGGCUUGAAAUCGGACGGGUGGUGUCUGAUGAAGCAAGGGCAAUGUACAAUGGUGGAGCUGCAGGGUUGACAUUUUGGAGUCCCAAUGUGAACAUUUUUCGCGAUCCUCGUUGGGGUCGUGGCCAGGAGACUCCUGGCGAAGACCCCACCUUGGCCGCGAAAUAUGCUGCAAGCUAUGUGCAAGGACUCCAAGGCAACGGCGCGGGUGACCGGCUCAAGGUGGCUGCUUGUUGUAAACACUACACUGCCUAUGAUCUUGAUAAUUGGAACGGCAUAGACAGAUUUCAUUUCAAUGCCAAGGUUAGCAAGCAAGACUUGGCGGACACGUAUGACGUACCAUUCAAAGCUUGUGUGUUGGAAGGGAAGGUGGCUAGUGUCAUGUGUUCCUACAAUCAGGUCAAUGGCAAGCCCACUUGUGCCGACCCCGAACUCCUUCGCAGCACCAUCCGCGGCCAAUGGGGUCUCAAUGGCUACAUAGUGUCGGAUUGUGACUCGGUCGGAGUAUACUAUGAUAGCCAACACUACACAAGGACGCCGGAAGAGGCGGCGGCGGAUGCCAUCAAAGCAGGCUUGGACUUGGACUGCGGCCCAUUCUUGGCCAUCCACACGGAUGCGGCCAUUAGACAAGGGCUCAUUUCGGAGAACGAUCUUAAUCUUGCUUUGGCUAACCUUAUUACGGUCCAAAUGAGAUUGGGCAUGUUUGAUGGUGAACCUUCGGCCCAACAGUAUGGGAAUUUGGGCCCGAGAGAUGUGUGUACCCCAGCCCACCAAGAACUGGCCCUUGAGGCAGCUAGACAAGGCAUCGUGUUGCUUGAAAACAAAGGGAACGCGUUGCCUUUAUCCCCUACGCGGGCUCCGACCGUAUCUGUCAUUGGGCCCAAUUCAGAUGUUACUGUUACAAUGAUAGGAAACUAUGCUGGUGUUGCAUGUGGCUACACAUCACCAUUACAAGGGAUUUCAAGAUAUGUUAAGACCGUACAUCAAGCAGGGUGCAGGGAUGUUGCAUGUGGAGGCAACCAACUAUUUGGAGCCGCAGAGAUCGCAUCCAGGCGAACAGAUGCAACAAUACUUGUCAUGGGCCUGGAUCAGUCCAUAGAGGCUGAGACUAGGGACAGGGUUGGGCUUCUCUUACCAGGCCUCCAACAGGAACUUGUGUCCAGAGUUGCCAGGGCCGCCAGGGGCCCAGUUGUCUUGGUUAUCAUGUCUGGUGGCCCGGUUGAUGUCUCAUUCGCCAAAAAUGAUCCCAAGAUCACUGCAAUUUUGUGGGCAGGUUAUCCUGGCCAAGCUGGAGGAACUGCCAUUGCUGAUGUCAUCUUUGGCAGAACCAAUCCAGGUGGAAGGCUUCCAAUGACAUGGUACCCAGAAAGCUAUCUAUCGAAAGUGCCAAUGACAAUAAUGGACAUGCGUCCAAACCCAUCAACAGGGUACCCAGGAAGAACCUACAGAUUCUACAAGGGCCCAGUUGUGUACCCAUUUGGGCAUGGACUCAGCUACAGUAGAUUCUCCCAAACCCUAGUACUUGCACCCAAACAAGUCUCAGUGUCCUUCUCAACUCCCCUCAAAGCCCAAACAAACUCAACUUGGGCCUCAUCUUCAAUCAAAGUGAGCCAUGCAAAUUGUGAUGCCCUACAUAUGGGCUUCCAUGUUGAUGUCAAGAAUGAAGGGUCAAUGGAUGGGACACACACCCUUUUGAUUUUCUCUAAGCCACCAAUUAAAGGGAAUAAUAAUUGGUCAGAGAAUAAGAAAUUGGUGAGUUUUCAUAAAGUGCUUGUUCCUGUUGGAUCAAAGCAAAGGGUUAGUGUUGGUGUUCAUGUUUGCAAGCAUUUGUCUGUUGUUGAUGAAUUUGGGGUCCGAAGGAUCCCAAUGGGUGACCAUGAAUUACAUAUCGGUGAUCUCAAGCAUUCUAUUUCGGUCCAAACUCAAGACUAAAUCAAUAGUUAGAACGGAUUUACAACAUUGAACCGGGUUAAUCAGACUCCUAAUAAUAGGAUCUAAAAGCCGACGGUUCAAUGGGAUAAAAAGAAAAACAGAGGAAGCAAAUGAUUUAAAAUGUCAAACAAAUUUGACACAUAGAACCAUAAUUUUCUUUUUCAAAAUUUUACAAAAUAGAAAUGAUUGGAAAGUGUAUUGAUUGUGUGUUUGCAAAUGCAAAUGUAAAAUAAGGAAAUAGGGUUGGUUCGUCUCAUUUGUAAGUGUCCAUUAUUAUUCUUGAUGCAAAUGUAAAAUAGGGCAAGUAUAGGUGACAUACAUUUGUAAAAUCAAUCAUCAUAUAUAUGGUUGCAAAUGUACUAUUAUUGGAACUUUCUUAGUAUGUUGAAAAGAGGUUUUGUGAACAAA